AGCUGCUAAUGUUUUGUCUUUAACUACAUGUUUACAUGACUUUUGGCAGAUUUGCGUUCUCCAUCCACAAUUUCUGAUACACGGAUCCUCAGGUAGAGAUGUCUGCUGGUGAGGGGAGCGGGAGCGGUGACCCGCGUGCAACCGGGAAAGCAGCUGUGAGCAAAAAAGACAUCCUCAGUGAGGCGGAAGCAAAGCUGGCUGCACUUUCGUUGAAGCCUGCUGAAGCCGUCAUGGCUAGUAACGCCCCAGCGGGUACUUUGGGAGCACCUUUCACGAUUCAAACAAAUGCAUUCGGUCUGAAACUGAAAGAACCAAUGACUUUCUGGCGAUACGACGUCUUGAUCUAUGCAGAAGUCAAGGGCGGUAGAAAGACCGUGUUUUUCACAAAGAAGGGACGUGAAGACUACGUUAUCACCAAUCGCAACUAUAAAUGCAAACUCGUCUUCGAUGCUGUCGUUAAGUCGUACCCGGAUUUCUUUGUCGAGCCUGACCAGUUGUGGUACGAUGGGCAAAGUGUACUUGUUGCCGGAUUUGACUUGUACAAGAAUCAGGAGAGGGGUCAACGUAAGUUUGAAAUUUCUGGACAAGACUGUGGUGAUUUGCUGUCCGCUAUACCCGUCAUUAUUUUCGACAUCUCGCCCGUUGCGGAUAACCAAUAUAUAUCGCUAAACGAAAGACUGUUGCGAGAUUGUACGGCCAACUCUGAUCUUACCAAGAAUGAUCAGACAAUUCAUCGAUUGUUGGAGCUAGUGUUCAGUCAAGUCGCCGUGAGGAAUCCGCAGGAUUUUACCAAUUUUGAGAACGGGAAAACAUUCAUAAACGAACCGUGGAAAUACGGAUUCACUGAGAGAGAUUGCCCCGAAGUGGGAGGGGGCAAAAGACUCUAUCCAGGGAUACAAAAAAGCGUAAGAUUUAUCGAAGGUCCCGGUGGACGUGGCUACAACAAUCCUAGUCUCAUCAUUGACGCAAAGAAAGCAGCAUUCCACGAGAAUAUUACCCUAAUUGAGAAAGCCAAGGAGCUCAUAAAUGAUGAUCUACAGAGAAAGGUUUCUGAUAUUGCUUUGAGAAGACUUCAUCAUGGCAUGAAAGAUCUGUGGUUCUACACGAAGCAUACUGGCUAUGAAAGCGACCACCAAAUUGCUGGGAUCUCCGAACACACGGCGGCUGAAACCACUUUUGAGGGACCAGACGGUAGGACGAUUAGCAUAGUCGAUUAUUUCCAGAACAAGUACAACAUCACGAUCAGGUAUCCGAAUGCGCCUCUUGUGAAAGUUCGUGAACGUGGUAGAACUAACAGUUAUCCUAUGGAGCUGGGCUGUCUUAGACCAAUGCAAAGAGUCACGAUUGCACAGCAGACACCCGAUCAAAUUCACAGAACCACGAGGAGUUGUGCCGUGCCGCCCGGCGAACGUCAGGAUAAUAUUGUGAGGGGUGCGCGGGCUGUGGAACUCUUUGGAUCUGAUGACAACUCUUAUGUUCAAAGUGCUGGACUUUACAUUUAUAAGGAGCCUGUCAAGGUCCACGGAAGACUGCUCCCUCCACCAAAAAUCAAAUAUCAGAAUGAAACCGCUUUUGUCAAGGAAGGGAAGUGGAGAACUCCUCGUGGACCACUGCUUGUACCAGCUGAGUGCGAUGUAUGGGCUGUGUAUGCUCUUGUACCCACUCACGAGGCGGGCAGGUUCGAUGAACGAAUGCUACGCAACUUCGCUGAGAAUUACUACCGAGAAGCUAAUUCGCGCGGCAUCAAAAUCGGUGCUCCGGCUGAGAUCAAGUUGCUUACAUCAGAAAAGGAUCUUGAGGAUAGAAUGAAAACCGCUGCGAAUUGUAACUGCAAGUUCUGUCUCAUUGUUACCGCUGACAGUAUAACUACCGCGCACAAGCAGAUUAAGCUUUGGGAAAGGGAGCUGGAAAUGGUGACGCAGGACGUGAAGUUAUCAAAUGCAGUCAAGGUUGUCAGCGAAAGACGUGUUGUUACCCUAGAAAACAUAAUUCUCAAAUCGAACCUGAAAUUAGGCGGACUAAACUACGAGAUGGACUUGGAUGGAAUCUUGCCGAAAGAGGGGACGAAAGACUGGAUCCGUCCUGGUCGUCUUUUCCUAGGGAUUGGAGUCAGUCAUCCUCCUCCAUCAGCCACUUACGAUCCUGAAAAAGGUGCCCCUUCUGUUAUUGGAUAUGCUGCCAACUUCAAAGCCAAUCGCUUCGACAUAGUCGGAGAUUAUCUUUUCCAAAGCUCGAGGAGAGAGGAGACACUCUCAACGAUGUCUGAAGUAGUCAACAAUGUGCUGCCAAAGUUUGCCGAAAAUCACGAUAAGAAGUUUCCUCGAGAUCUCAUAAUUUACAGAAGCGGUCUGUCGGAGGGCUCCUUCAGCACUGUACUCACUCAUGAGAUACCCCUUCUUCGUGGAACUCUUUCUGCUUUGGGUGCUAAGAACAUCAAAAUUGUCUUUAUUGUUGCACAAAAAGAACACAAUGUCCGCCUUAUGCUAGAUCGCAUUGAACGCUCUCGCAAGCCAACCGAUCAGAAUAUCCCACCUGGAAUCGUAGUGGAUACCGAACUUACCCAUCCCUCUUUCAAAGAGUUUUACCUCAAUUCCCACAUUACUUUACAGGGGUCUGCUCGCACUCCAAGAUAUACUGUCUUGGUUGACGAUCUCAAUCUAUCUAUGGACGAAUUGGAAGGAAUGACCUAUGUGUUGACAUAUGGACAUCAAAUUGUGAACCUCCCUACUUCACUGCCCACCCCGCUUUACGUUGCUAAUCGAUAUGCUGAACGGGGCAGAAAUACCUACACCGCCCAUGCGCAAUCCUCGGGAUCUAGCUCAUCUGAUUCUGGAGCUUCGAUAGACUAUGGACGUCUUGCGCACCGCUUAUCCUACACUCACACGAAGUUGGCGAAUGUUCGUGUCAAUGCUUAGUUGAUACACCCGUACAUGUCCUCCUCCACAUGAAUGCUGCGACAUCGCCACUUAGGCCAUGUCGUCAAGUUCUUAAACCGUCGGCUGUAGCAAGUUACUGUUAAUAAUGUUCGUUCUGAGUUUUGUUGAAAAUUGUUCAGUUUAUGUAUCUUUUAUGCACAAGUAAUCAAGCAUUCUUGCUAUCGAAUAAUCAAGCAUUUUUGCUAUCCUGCCAUAAUCUCAAUUUUGGCGGUUAUAUACAGGUAUCCGUUAAGUAUGCUACAAGUGCUAUAUUUACUACUUAGAGUAUUUUGAGUUCCAUUUUUCUUAA